AUACUUUACAUUUUCAGUUCUAAGCAAUAUGAGGACUCAUUGGCUAGUGAGCCUUGAUGUUACACACUAUCCAUGACUCUCAUUCCUCGUCGAAGUCAUGAUUUGAGUGACGAACCCCCGGCUCGCUACCUUGGUGGCAAUAGGGUCCCAAUGGUAGAGACAGGCACCAAGUUGUCUUCUUGAACAUGGAGGCCGAAUCGUCCAUAGCAUUUUUGUCUCCUAUGAGGCUCUAUGAGAGGGAGAAACCAUUUUUCUCUAACAUACCUUUCUUUGAGAUUGAAGGAGCUCGCCAAUCAAACCUUCGCACGCUCCACGAACCUGUCACAGUACAUGAUAUUCGAGGCAAAGAAAAUGCCUACACGCUCGAGCAGAAUGGGUUCCAGCUUGUAAAAGAGGAAGCCUUUGGAACUUCCAAAGAUUUUGAAGACGAUUCAUGGAUUAUGAAAGAGUACGAGCCUAAAGUCAAGGAGAUUAUUAAGAGAGCUACUGGGGCGGAAAGAGUUGAGAUUUUUGAUUUUACUAAACGGAAAAUGAUGCCAGGUUUCGAGCCGGGUUCGUAUGGAACUAAAUCAGCGUCUAGUCCAAUACCCACAGCGCAUUGCGAUAAUACUCUGGGUAGUUGUCUAAGACGUGUUAUGAGAGAUAUGGGCGAUGAGGCGACAAUUCUCUUGAAAGAACGGGUUCAGAUUAUCAAUUUAUGGCGUCCUCUUAGCGGUCCUAUCAAAGACUGGCCACUUGCCGUCUGUGACUACUCCUCUAUCGACCAUCGGGAUAUGAUUGCAACGGAUAUGAUAUUUCCGCAUUACGAUGGUGAAGUUUUCAGCAUGAUUCACAACAAGAAUCAGAGAUGGUUCUACUUGAGUGACCAAAACCCAGACGAGCUUUGGCUACUCAAAUGUGCUGAGACAGAUCAAUCAGUAGGCAUGGCUAAAUUAUGCGCACACGGUUCCUUUCGAAUGAAGAAUCUCCCACUCGAAUUCACUCCGCGUGAAAGCAUCGAAUUUCGAACCAUGGUGUUUUUCCCUAGCGUUCCCAAGUGACUACUACCCAGGGACAUAGGAGAUGGAUAGGGAGGUACCUAGGUACGUUUUAAGGGGGAUAGGGGACCCACAAAUUGAGCCCCUGAGUCAAUUCACAAAGACAACGCUGGACAUCGUUUUACCAUCAAAAAGCCUUCAUUCUGCGACAAUAUGAUUUCUCAUG